AAAACCAGUGAUGGACACUGGCCUGCUGAUACCAUCCGAGAACUAUCUCAAGAAAUUGUCGGUCAAGACUGCAUUGCUGUCAUCAAGGUAUGUCUCUGGACCAUCUGAAUUUGACUCCGAAGAGCUGUUACUAGGAUAUCAAUGCAAAAAAAUGUGAUAUUUGUAUAUUUAAUGUUAGAAAUAAAGAUGUUGUUGUUGUUGUUGUUGUUGUUGAAACACUUCUGAUUUCCUUUCCCUUUUUACUUUAUUCUGGGAAGUUUAAGAUGUCACGUUGGCGACGGAAACAAGAACGUCAAACAAACAAACAAACAGAGCAGUAGUUUUAGAUUAGCAAAACGACAACUUUGCACGUGCAGCGCACUUUUUGGUACAUUUCUUUGUCGUCACUACACGACUACGACGUAAAAUUUCUUGUUUUAUGGAGAACGUGGGCAAAAGAUGACGAAUUUCUCUUUCUUUUGAUGAAUUUAGAUAUCCAAUUUUUGAUAUUCAAUUGAUUUUUUGCAAUAUAACUCCAGGAGAGUUCGCCUACAUUUGACGAAGUGAGCCAGUUGGAAUGAUGGCGUUUAAGUUUCAAAGAACGCGAAGUCACUUUUCAACUAAUAUAUCAAGCAUGAGACGCAGUGUUUCAUCACCAGAUGAAAUACUGAGAAGAGAGUUGAAAAUACAGCACGCAGUGGAGUAUUUUUGACGAACUUCGAGGUGUUUCAUCUGGUGAUGAAUCACUGUGUCAAAUGCUUGAUAUUACUUCUCAAACGAACUGAUUUUAGAAGGAGAAAUUAAGGAUGCAAAAAUGAGCAGUUUUUCAUCUGAUUUCCAAACACUCAUUAAACAUGUAAAUUUCCUUUGUAUUUUCUUUAUGAAUUAUUAAUGAGUUGACAAAGGACGUUUUCGUCGCCGUUGCUGUUGUGGUAUCCUAUUGCUAACUCCAUAUCAUAUUUGCAUCAUCAGGGUGACAAACUGCCCGGCUAUCCUCUGGUGGUGAGACUAUUUUUCUCUGAUGACUCUGAGAUGGCGCAGACUCUGUUGAGUAGGGGCCUGGUAAAGAAGUCUGUUUUACUUAAUGAUGAAGAACCACCCCAGUUUUACCCCCAAAAGAGAGGACCUAAUAAGGCCAAGGCUGUCAAGUCUAAACGUUCAAUUACUGAAACCAGGUUGGUUCACGCUUUCAAACGUCCUCCUUAGGAAUGCAUUGUAAUCAAUUCUGCGACUAAAAGCAGUGGCUUAGGGACUGUUUGCAUGGAGGGAGUAAGAUCCUUAGACCAAGAAGAUCCUAGAAGGUGGAUCAUCCUAGAGCCAAAUGUUUUCUGUAUUCAGUUUACACGCAAAGGGUUGUACUUGUCGCUAGCACUGAGACACGGCAAUCUUAAUGCUGAUGUACGUUGCAGGGCCCACACGCAAAAGAUUGGUUCGCGGGAAGCUGAAUGCAUGCUGGCACGAACAAACCUCCCUUUGGAUGACAUCCGGUAUGACGUCACUAUUACUCAUAUAGAACGACCUGACUGUCUGUACAUCCAGCGGGUUCCGCCAACAGACAAAGACCCGGGUUUCUCAGAUGAUCCCGACCCCACCCUAGAGGCUGCAGCUGAGGAGCUGCAAAGCCUGGAAGAGAUCAUGGCGAAGAUUAAUGAGCCAGAUUACUUCAAGAAAUACACUCCGCUUACCACUGCCAGUGAAGGUAAGUGGGCUUUGUGUCCGAAGUAA